AUGAGUAGACGACCUGGACCACCAUCGAUCGAUGGCCUAUAUUCUCUAAAGAUUGAUAACAUAUCAUAUCAAACGGCACCACAAGAUCUACGUCGUUUGUUCGAAAAAUAUGGUGAAAUAGGUGAUAUCCACAUUCCACGCGAUCGUUACACCAAACAGAGUAAAGGAUUUGGUUUCGUGCGCUUUUAUAGUCGACGGGAUGCCGAAUACGCGAUGGAUCGUAUGGAUGGACGAUGGGUCGAUGGACGUGAGAUCCGUGUUGCCAUGGCACGUUAUGAACGUCCGAUUGAUGAACGUAGUCGUAAUGGUGGUGGUAGUGGUUACAGAAGCAGUCGACGUUCUCGAUCACGCUCACGUUCACGCUCACCACGACGUCGACGUUCCUCAACACGAAGUCGUAGUGGUUCACGAUACAAUGAUAGACGAUCGGCUUCACGUGGUCGAAGUGCUUCACGAGACAGGUCACCAGUAUCUCGAAGGUCUGUGAACUCAAGCAGUCCACCACACAGGAACGUUUCCCGAAGUCCGCCACCUCGUAAUUCUCGCAGUCCUGUGACACGUGAUCGAGAUAGACUUGAUGAUGCAUCAAAUGGAAAUGAUACCAAUUAUUGA